GCCAUGUCGACCGUCGAGACAAUUACUGAGAAGCUCCCGACCCUCUCGCUGCGUCAGGACCAAUCGGAGCAGCCCAAGAAGGAAGAAGAGUACAAGUAUGCCCACCUGCUUCCCGUCUUCCCCAAGGACGAGCAUUACCCCCCUUUGACUCCUUUCGAACACGUCGACCCGGGCUUCCGUGCGCUGAACCACCCGAACCCUCGGUCGUUCUUGGAUAACGCUACAAGCGUUAUCGAGAUCACCCCCCGCUUAGGUAGCGAAGUUCGCGGUGUCAACUUGGCAGAGCUUGAUAAUGAUGGGCGCGAUCAGCUGGCUCUCGAGGUUGCUAGGCGCGGCCUCGUGGUCUUCCGCGACCAGCAGGAUUUCAUCGACCGCGGUCCCGAGUUCUAUCGCGAGUGGGGCAGGUACUUCGGCCGCCUUCACAUCCACCCCACCUCUGGCCACCCCGAGGGCGUGCCCGAGCUGCACCUCGUGUACCGCGACCAGAAUACGACCUACAACUUCGAGCUGGAUGACAGGAUUACGUCUACCACUUGGCACUCGGAUGUGUCAUACGAACUCCAGCCUCCUGGCCUCACGACGUUCUUCCUGCUUUCGCAGCCGCCUUCUGGCGGCGACACCGCCUUUACGUCGCAGGUGUCCACGCUCAGUCGGCUUUCGCCCCAAUUCGUCGAGUUCUUAAAAACACUCAAGGCGACGCACUCUGGCUUCGAGCAGGCGGCGUACUCUCGCUCCGGUCGCCGUGGAGGUGUUGUUCGUCGCGAGCCUGUGGAGAAUGCUCACCCCAUCGUCCGGAGGCACCCCGUCACCGGUCAGGAGGCCCUCUACGUGAACCGUCAGUUCACCCGCCGGAUUGUCGGCCUCAAGCGUGAAGAGUCUGACGCCAUCCUCAACUUCCUCUACGAUCACAUCGACAGGAGCAUCGACAACCAGGCUCGUGUCAAGUGGGAGCCUUACACCGUCGUCCUGUGGGACAACCGUAUUACCGCACACUCCGCGAUCCUCGAUUUUGAGAAGACCGAUGCACGCCGCCACGGUGCACGCAUCACGCCCCAGGCAGAACGUCCCAUUCCCGCCAACCCGGACCUGAAGCUGUAA